AUGCAUUCAAAGCGUCUUGCAGACUACGUCGAGCGGCUUACACCCGCCGAUCGUAAGCCUACCAAAGCAUCAGAGCGUCCCUUCAACAAUGCGACCGCGACUCAUCCCCCUAUGCUUCAACGGGGCGCAACGAACCGAAUUCUGAUCUAUCCCGGGUCCUUCAACCCCCCUCAUCGAGGUCAUCUCGGUCUUUUGAGCCACGCCUUCCGUAACGCAGGUGCAGAUCUCAACAUCAUUGCCGCGAUCAUCGUCGUUACAGAUGACCAUUACCUUCAAUACAAGAUGGAUCGAAGAGACAACGCAAUUGUGAUUCCCAAAGAACAGCGCGCCAAGCUCUGGAAGGGUUCAGGAAUUCCUGUUGACUGGGCCUAUGUUUUUGAUGGGCCUGGAAAGGAGUGGGCUCCUUUCCGUGCUAACCUUGCCAACGAGGCGCAAAAAGAUGGUUUCGAUAUUAAGUAUAUCGUCCUGAACGGUCCGGAUGUCAUCACCUACGGCCGUGGUUUUGACGCCGAGUGCUGGGAUUGCGGAGACGCAAUCACCUCGGACAUCUCUCGCCCAGUCGACUUUCGGUGCCCGUCUACUCUUCGCCAACUGAACGGCUGUUCCCCUUGGGAGAGGCUCAAGAUCAACCGUUCUCGAAUCGAGCAGGAAAUUCGAGAAAAGCUCAAGCAGCAGGGAGCACCAGGUAACACUUCCCCCACAGUCACUGAGAGCGCAGAAGCUAAUUUUGAGAAAGCUGUCGAACAGGCAGUUGUAGAGGCCUUGGAGACCGUGACGAACAUUUGGACCUGUCGCCAACUGCUCACAAAUCCCAAGGGAAUUGUCCGCUUCCUCCCCGUUGAACCCGAGAAACAGAUGCGUGAUGCACCAAGCUCUACCAAGAUCCGCAUGAUCAUCGACAGCUCUCCCCCUGAGGAUCUCGUCAAGAACCUCACAGGCAUUGCUCUCAAUCCAGACAUUCUUGUGGAGAUUCUAAAGGAAUUGCCCAAGCCGAUCAAGCGGGAGACCGCGGAGAAGAUUGAUCGCAAGGAGUUGGCAAAGAACGAUCUUGAGGCGUUCAAGAAGAUUGUCUGGUAG